UCGAUGUGCAUUUCGAUCCUUUGAGUUCUUUUAUUCCUUUCUUAUCUAUUACCGCAUAUCGAAUCUGGAGUGAUCUGAUUUUGAUUGGAAGUUGAGGGUUCGUAAGAUGCUUGGACUUUUGCGCGCCGCUGGGAAUGCGGCUGCCUUGCUCGACGGGCAUUCGCUGUGCUGCUGCAACUGGCACCAUGGCUCUGACAGGGUCCCCCAGAGAAUUAAGACCAGACUAGAAAUAUGCAAUGGGCUUGUACUACUUCCAGUACCGAACCCACUGCAGUCUCCAUGUUACUGAAGUCUCUCCCUCCCCUCUGGUACCCUCCCUAGGCGUCGAGGGUUUAUCGGUACAGCUGGAGAGCAGCUCGAUGACUCCUUGCAGGGUGGGCCGACAGUUCCACCUUAAGCGGUUUGCUGUCAUUUGCUGGCAAGCACCUCCGUCACCGUGCGGAACGGUAGUUUAUUGUGCUGCUAUCUGCAAGGUCGAUUCCUGUCGGGCUUAGCCUACCGUUCAUCCAUUCCCCUGCUUGCAGCUAAAGCUUGCUGUCCGUUGGGGGCUGAUCCGUGGUUGGGAGAAGCUCUCGGCCAUGGUCCGGCUGGUCAUGGGUGCCAGAUCCCUCACGGGUCUAGACGAGAGGCCGGCCAAAUGAAAAUGCAAAAAGGGGAGCGAUAACAAAGAUUUACGCUUACCAUAUUUUAAAGUAAAAAAAGCAAAGGGGAAGAGCAACG